AUGGAAAGCGUAAUUCCUCAAAUCAUCCAUGCACGCCUUCACCAAUGCCUCUUAAAUGAAGUAAACAAAGUCAUCACCUCCAACAGCUCAUCAGACACCGAUGCUUUGGACCGAUUUUGUCGUAUAAUGGAAUCCGGUUUGCGCUCAGCUUGGCAGAACUUUGAGACCAAAUUUGCUUACGAGUUAGCGGUCUUCAGCUUGCUUUGUGGAGAUUUAAGCAGAGCUCAGCUUCGUUGCAAAUCGGCUUUUAAGGAGCUUGUGCAGACAUGGUCUUCAGAAGAAUGCAGGAACACACUCCUGCAGAAGACACAGCUCCUCAUAGAACUGAAAGAAUUUCUGGAAGUUUUCACUGGAGAAUUGGAUGCACAAGCUGCCUUGAAUUUGUCUCAUACCUGGCAAGAGCGUUGUUCUGUUGUUAGUGAGGAAUUGACCACUUCCCGACUCUUUUACCUCUCCAAAAUGGCCGUAGCCGGACAUUUAUCACUCAAGGAGCAGUUACUACCCGCAGUUAUUGACUUUCGUCUUGAAUGCAGCAACGAGUUUUCACGCAGUGGCAAUCCCCGUAGGGCCAUCAAUCAACUCACAUCGCUGCAUAAGCUGAUCCAAGCGCUUGAGCAAGCGGGUGAUGACAUCGAAUACCGUCGUCUUGCCUGGUGCAGUGCAUUUUCGCGCGCUUGGAUUUCUGUGUACUCUCAGAACAAAAUUUUUUGUUUUUUUCCGGGUGGAAAGAACAAUAAUUUCCUGGUUGAUCUUGAGGAUGGGCUUCUUCGAUGUCUCUCGUCCACUUCUCACUGCAUCGAAAUUUACGGGUCUCUUCGCCAGCCACCUUCAAUGGGCAUUGGAGAUGCAGAAUUUACUCAAUUCUCACACGCCAUUUCCACGGCCCAAAUCCUUUCAGCAUUCUAUGAUUUUAAGACUUCAGAUUAUUUGAGUGACCUUGGUUUAAGGCGCUACGUGACCUCCCUCCAACCCUCAAUGAAGACGGCGUUUUCGCAGGUCCAUGGUUUGGGCGAGGUAGAUGAUGGGAAUUUUCUCGAGUCUAGCGCCUUCUCCUUCUUCAAGAGGUGCGUGGAUAUGGCGAUGGGUGUUUGGUUGGCGUCAAAGGACUCAUCGUCUUUGACAGAAAAGGCCAUCUAUCGACGGAACCUUCUUGUCUAUACUCCUGACGAAGCCCUUCUGGAAGUGGCAAACUUUUGCAAUGAACGAAUCGAUAAUGCAGAAGACAAGGGAAAGCGAGAUGUCUAUGGGGACACUUUCACACGCUCUGUGCUAACUGCAAUGCGAAUGGGUGCUGAGGGCGGUCGUAUCCGGUUUGGUCGAGUUCUGCAGGUUGAAGUGGCACGUUGCAAGUCCAAUACAAAUUACAAUUCUGAUGUCUUUUGUGAAUUGACAAAGGAUUUAUCUCCAUGGAUGUUCUCGCAGUGGUUUGAUAGACUUUUGAAUGCUCCGCUUGAGGGUGGGACUUGUCUAGUAGCGGGUAUUCUUCGUCGGAUCGCUCAACAGUUCUCACAGGUACUGGCUCUCCCAUUCCGAGUUCUGGUGACGUCCGGAUACGGUUGGAAACACGACAAGCGAUCUCUAGUUGAACGAUUUAUUACAAGGCUAAUUGAGGACGAAAAAGGAGAGUCAAUAUCAAUUUUCAUAGAGCUGUCAGGCAUGCUCUCGAAACACAUGAGACUAAAUCGACUCCUUGGAGAGUUGGAAUACCUGGACGAUCCGGACAUCGUCUUCAAGUCGAAGCCGAGUCUCGCAACACAGCUCGGUGAAUGGGACAUCAUGGAAAAUUAUGAGGAGUCGAAGUUGUUAUUAAAACGUCACAUGGUCACUGACUAUGCCAAUGUCCGUCGAACAGGCGGACUGGAAAUCAGAGGGCUUCCAGUAAUUCCAGCAGUGUCGGAGUUGGUACCUAAUUGUAUGAUGCUGAUAGAUCCUUGCCGGGAUAGUGCGUUAUUGGAAAAGAAGGAUUGGGUGAGCAACUACGCGCGAAAAAGUUUCCGUUCUGAUUCUCCAGACCGUACUGAUCUCAUAGCCUCUUGUAACAGCCUUUUGGAGUACGGAUUCCUUCGACUCUAUGACGCAGUUUCUCCUGCAACUCCUGCCAAUGCUGGCUUGGGUCGACAACGCGCGGUACAGAAACUGUCUGAUCUGGUGCAUAAGGAGUUUGGGCAUGACUGUGAAGCUCUUCAGAGCGUUACUCUUGCCGAUUUCGACUCUGCUAUCCAAAAAAUCCUUUCCACUUAUACACAAAACGAUCCAAAGAUCUCAAGUGUGAACCACUUUUCACAAUGGCUGGCUAACUUUUCUCCAGAUGAGCAGGACCCACUCAUAAUGCUGGGUCAAUGCGUAGGUCCCUCCUCAGAAGGACAAGUGGCUGUAACCAUCGAACGUGUUGAUCCGAACAUCAAGUGCCUGCCAAGUCUACGACGACCAAAACUGGUGCGUCUUUUGGGCAACGAUGGCUACUGGCGUGGUUGGUUGGUUAAAGGAGGCGAAGAUCUGCGCCAGGAUGCAAGUAUUCAGCGUCUUCUCAAUUUCGCAAACUAUGCCAUUGCUUCUGCCACCACAACCACCUCCACCGGCGCCUCUGCUGAGCCUCUCCGCACCUACGCAGUAGUGCCGGUGAGCUCAACACGCGGUCUAAUUCAAUGGCUGUCCAGUACCACCACUCUUUUCACCUUCGCCACGAACGCGAUGACUGUGCAAGAGAGUGCACACUACUCAUCUGAGCGUAGCGAGUUGGCAGCAAAGGCUGCUGACCACUCUGGCGACUUCCUUUGGGGCUCUGAGGCUGAUUCGGCGUCGAUGGUCUCGCAAUUUACCGAGCUCGAAAAUUUUGUCUUCUCCCUUCGCCUCCUCCGUCGCGGUCUUCGUAAUUCGGUGGCUACAUCGGCGGAGCAUUUCUUUGCUCUGCGGUACCGCUUUAUCUCCAGCCAUGCCGCUAUCUGUGCUGUUCACUUCGUUCUUGGAGUCGGAGAUCGUCAUAUGGGCAAUUUCCUCUUGGAUGUAUCAACAGGCAGUUUGGUAGGCAUUGACUUUGGUUUCGCGUUCGGCGUGACUCUCAGCUUUCCCACACCCGAGUACGUACCCAUCCGACUGACUGCAAGCUUGCGCGAGCUGCUAGAGCCCUCUGGACCUGCAGGUCUCUUUGGUUCCACGCUUUACCGCACUCUCGCCUCUCUUCGUCACCACUCUAGUCUAUUUCUCUCGACCAUUCAGGCAACAUGCAUUGACAAGUCGAGUACUGAUUGGUCCGUCUUCAGUGAAUGUUACCACCAAUCUGAAGAAGAAUACCGGCAUUGUCGCUUGUCCUUGCUCCGCAGAAAGUUGAGUGGUCACUGCCCGGCGGAGCUGCUGAUUGAAGACUUGAGAGGACGUUUUGGCGCAAACAAUUGGUUCGCUCAUUUUGAAGUGAUUGCAAGGACAACGGUGGCGAGCACUGGUGGAUCAGUUAAUCUUCCUCCAGUGGAACAGGUCCGGCGAUUGGUCUGCCUUAGUACAUGCCCAGAGCUGCUUGCUAGAAUGCAUGCAGGCUGGAGUGCGGCCUUGUAG